AUGGAAAGCUUCAAUCGCUUGAAUAGAUAUGAAAAGAUUGACUUCCUGGGCGAAGGACAGUUUGCCACUGUUUACAAAGCGCGAGAUGCCGAAACGAACGAAAUAGUUGCGGUGAAAAAGAUCAAGAUUGGUAACCGGGAGGAAGCCGCUGAUGGUAUUAAUCGCACCGCUUUGCGGGAAAUCAAACUGCUGCACGAACUGCACCACGAGAACAUCAUCGGAUUGUUGGAUGUGUUUGGGCACAAGAGUAAUGUGUCGCUGGUGUUCGAUUUCAUGGACACGGAUCUGGAGAUUAUCAUUAAGGAUCCGAAAAUAAUCCUCACACCAGCCAACAUCAAAAGCUACAUGAUCCAGACGCUCCGAGGGUUAGAAUACCUGCACAUGCACUGGAUACUACAUCGGGAUCUAAAGCCAAACAAUUUGCUUAUCAGCGGGAACGGUGUGCUAAAGAUAGGUGAUUUCGGCUUGGCAAAAUUUUUUGGCUCACCGAACCGCAUCAACACGAACCAGGUCGUUACACGGUGGUACCGGUGUCCGGAGCUGUUGUUUGGUGCCCGCCAGUACGGCACGGGGGUAGACAUCUGGGCGGUGGGAUGUAUGUUGGCCGAACUGUUGCUGCGCGUACCGUUCCUGCCCGGUGAAAGUGAUCUCGAUCAGCUGACACGAAUAUUCCAAGUGCUCGGCACACCGAACGAAACCAACUGGCCCGAUGUGAAGUCGUUACCGGAUUAUGUACAGUACAAGUUCUAUCCACCCAUACCACUGCGAGACAUUUUCACGGCAGCGUCGGAAGAUUUGCUCGAACUGGCAAACAAAAUGCUGGCAUUGUACCCACUGCACCGGUGUUCUUGUACCGAGGCACUGAAGAUGGCUUACUUUUCGAAUAAACCCGCACCAACAGUCGGUCCCCGGUUGCCCAUGCCCGCCAGCUACAAUGCGGCCAAUAAGCCAGAAGAAAAACCAUCGCUGAAACGUAAGAUCUUGGACAGUAUUGAUGGUGGUACCGUUCCGAAGCGUUUGCAAUUUUGA